AUGGCUCGCUAUUUCAAAGAACAAGAUAUUGAUGAAUUCAGGGAAUGCUUCUAUCUUUUUGCAAGAUCUGGCCAAAUAACUUCUCUGGACGAGUUGACAGUUGUUAUGAGGUCACUCGGCAUGAGUCCUACUAUACAAGAGCUAACUGGUUACCUUAAAGGCAAAGGUGGUAAAAUGUCAUUUGCUGAUUUUUUGGAAGUCAUGCACAUCCAUUCAAGAGCUGAGAAUUUACCUCAUGAAGUGGUAAAUGCCUUCAAAGCCGGCGAUAAUGAUAAAAGAGGUGUUAUCCCAGCGAAGCAGUUGCGAAAUCUGCUGCAAAAUUGGGGUGAAGGUCUAUCUUCUCGUGAGAUUGACAAUAUAUUCCGUGAAGCAAACGUAUCUAACAACGGUAUUGUACGUUAUGAAGAUUUUGUUAAAAUAUCUUGUGCCCCCGUGCCUGAUUAUUAU